AAGUAAAAUGAAGGCUGUUCUUUUAAUAAUCUUUAUCAAGUACCAUCUAGUUAUUGGAGGGAAGUUUCUUUAUUCUCCUCUAGCAGAAAAUAGACAUGAUUUGACUCUUGAUGAUGACAUCCAAUCUCCAAAUACUUCACCAUAUAAUGAUAUUGUGAGAGGAUCAUUAUUCCAUAAGAUAGAAGAUGGAACUCUUGGUUAUGGUUCUAUUCCCACAGUUAACCCUCCUGGAUUAGCUCCAAGGUGUAUUCCUAAGUGGAGCAGACAUCCUGGAAUCAGAGUUAAUGUAAACUUUAAGGAUUUGGUCAUAAAUGAAACUGGAUAUAUAAACCGUGGAAAAAUGCUAGAAAGAUAUGUCCGAGGUGUUGAAGAUUGUUCUAGAAGAUGCUUGUUAGGUUCACAAUGUGAUAUGUUUACAGUGUUAGGGAAUAUAUGCUUGUUCUAUCCUCAUCUUAGACUCAAGCACUUACCCUUCCAUCAGGUGACAAGGUUGCAUGGAUCUGCUCUAACUUAUGUUUUGACAUGUGAUGAAACUCAAGCCAACUUUUUACCUGCAGGUGUAUCUAAACCCUCUAACUGUGAUGUUCAAGACACGUAUCGAGGAAAUCAACCUCUGAGAUAUUUUAAAAACAUUUUGCCAGCAUGUCCCAAAGGAUGGGAAGACUACAUGGGAAAAAAAUGUAUCAGAUAUAAUUCUACAGACAAACAGAAUAGAAGUGUUGCUCAAGAGGAAUGCUUUAAGAGAGGAUCUUCAAGCUUACUCAUUAUUGAGGAUGAAGCUGAAGCUGAAUAUCAUGGGGAUAAAACAGAAAGAUUCUGGACUGCUGGAAAAAGAGAAAUGAUCGAUAAAAACUAUACAGACAAGUUCUACUGGGAAACCUAUCCUAGUUUCAGUUCACCAACUCUUACUCCAACAAAAGGGGAGUUUCCCUGGAACGAGGACCAACCUAAUUAUGGUAAAGAUGAUAUUUGUGUUUAUUACAAUACAAACAGAAAUAGAGUAAAUGAUAUCAAUUGUGGCAUAAACUAUUCUUAUAUAUGUGAAAAGAAAAGAGAUUUGUCUGGAAUUGGAAGUCAAGUAGACGGUCGUGUAUCAGAAUAUGCAGCUUACUGUACUGAGGAUAACAAUUUAGAGAAGUAUUUUGAGAUCACGACAACCUUAAAACCUUCCGAUCUAGGUCUUAGUUUGAAAUAUGUGGACAUCUUUAAACCUAAGGCAUAUCUAAAAGCCUGGAUAAGGUUUACAGCCUCACAACUAAAUGAAACAAAAAAUGAUGCACUUUCAAUAAUUGGAAAAGUUGGUGAAAAAGAAAAGAAUAUAAAUAUAAGCUUAUCCCUCAAAUCUGAGAGUUUUCCUCUAGUUAUUUCUAUCCUGGGCAUGUCAACAAGUAAUCCAUCAAUCACACUAUCUGUCAGAGCUGAAACCAAGGAACAAGGUUUAAUUCUGAUAUCACCCCUAGAGAUUACAGUGGACCGUCCUGUCUAUAUUGGAUGUUUCUCAUCAUUCACCAGUUCUGACUUUAGCCCUGAUCAUUAUGACACAAGCUCUCACCUUGACUGUUUAGUUUACUGCAAAAAUCAAUUCAAAAACUUUGUUCUCUUGCAAGAAAACAAAUGCUAUUGUCACUCAAAAGAUACAUAUUCUAAACUGUUCAUAUAUGGCUUGCUAGUUUCAUCAGCUCAAUGCAACAUAACUUGUGAAACUGAUUCAAAUAGUUACUGUGGUGGUGUGGAUAGCUUCUCUGUCUAUGUGGCAGGUUGUGAGGAAGGAUUUGAAAGAUAUGGUUCAAGCUGUUACUUUCAAAUUAGUAAAGACUUUUACUGGUCACAAGAGGCUAAAUGUGAUCUUAUGGGUGCUUCUUUGUGGGCUCCUAAGAAAGUAGGAGAUUUGGAAAUGAUACAAGAAAUCUUCCAAAUUAGUGAAGACUAUCACAUUGGAGUAAGAAAAAAAUACGCCCAAGAUGAAUUGGAGUUCUCUGAUUUUACCAAAGAGCCUGGAUUCUAUCCAACUUAUUAUUCUUCUGGUGAAUUGGAUGAUUUUACACAAGAUGCAGAUCCUAUUCUAGACUUUGUCACAGGACGAAAAACUGUUUUGCUACUGUCAAACAAGAAACUGAAAUUGGAUGAGGAUAAAGCAGCCAAAGGGAUUUGUCAAAAAUCAAUUGGUGGGGGACAUGAACACCUGAAUUUGUUUGAAGACCUUGGAAUUAAAUACAAGAUAAUAGGAGAUGAGGUUGAGAGUAUUGAAGAAGAUGUUAAUAUCCUUAAUCAAUAUCCAGGAAUACCUUUGAGAAUUCAAUGCACAAAAGGAUCUCAUGAGACUUGGUUUGAAAUUAUAUUUGAUCAGAUGGCCAUGAUAGAUUCUGUUCGUAUAGUUCUGAACAACCCUGAGAUUAAAGAAUUGGUUCUAGAAACCUCAUUUACUUCAAUGUUGAUACUAUUUCCAAAAAUUUUAUUGGGUGAUGGUGAGAAGAUGUCAGUAAUGAAACUCUUACCCCAACCAGUCAUAGUAGACAGUAUCAAAAUUAAAAUAAGAAGAUCUACUCCUAUUGUUGAGAUGAAGGUCGAGUUAAGAGGCAAGAUUGCAUCACAGAUCUUACCUUAUGAAUUCACCAAAGGCCUUCUCAGAACAAAAUAUACUCCAUUAGACAGUGAAAACCAAACAGUUGAAUUACAAGGGGAAAUAUGCCCAACAGGAGGUAUAAGAUACAUAGGGACCAUCUCUACUAAUGCAGAGUUACUGAUUGAGUUGUCAUCCAGUGAAAGUACUUUAUCCUUACUGAAGUUUGAACUUAAUCAAGAAAGUUUAAAAAUUGGCAAUAACAUUGAAGGAGAUGAAGUAAAUAGGCAAAUGGUAUUUCAAGAGAAUUCAAUAUUUGAUGUUUAUGUUACUUGCCCUUCUGGAAGUUACCAAGUGUAUGUAAAUAAUAAUCUGGAAUUAGAAACCAGUAUUCAAGCUCAAAAUAUAAAGCAUGUUCGCAUUCAAACCACAAAUAUGAAAAGUAUAAAUUUUGAAGAAGUAUCUACAUCAUUUGAUCCAAAUCCAUCAAAAUGUGAAGAAUCUGGAGCUGAUUGUAUCACUAAAGUUUUUAAAGAACAAGGAAAGCUGAUGAAAAUCUUAAUAUCAACAGAAAAUAAAGAGAUUCUUUACUGGAUUGGUGAUUAUUUGAAUUUAUGCCACAGAACUCCAACUUACAGCCCAUUAUGCAACAUUCAACAAUUCCAGUGGAAAAAGGAAGGGAAGAUAGGGUUCCAGGACUCACAUUGCUCUGACACAGGAGUAAAUUUAGACUUGGGUAAUCAGUGCUUGACAUUCGAAGAAGAAGCUUUGUCAUUUACUGCAGCUCAAAGUGCAUGCACCCAGAAGCAUGGGAUUGUACAACCUCCUAGUGACAUUUACCAAAAUACAAUCUCCAGUUUAUAUGCUAGAGAAUCAUUUUGGAUUGGAGUAACAAGAACUGAUGGGGUAUGGAUAAAAACCGAUGGUAGGAAACUAGAGGACAUGGAACUAAGUUUUGAAGAUAAUGUAGAUGAAGGAGAUUGCACUAUAGCUUACAUUGAGAAUGAUUACAAACCUAAAAUUGUUCCUUGUACUGGGAAAUUUAAGUAUUUUUGUACGGUUGGACCAAACUGUCCGGCAGGAUAUAACUGGGUUCCUAGUUUGGGCAGAAUUUGUCUUAAAAUUGGCAAUGUAGUUGGAGGAAACAAUAGAUUAGCUGACAUACAUUCAGGAGAGGCUUAUUGUGCAAAGGAUGGGAUGAGCUUAUUUGCCCCAACAUCCAAACAAGAGGUUGAAAAGUUUGUAACUUGGUUUUCAUCGACAUCCAAGUCUGAGGCUUUAAUAGGCUGGAGAAGAUCUAUUGUGAAUGGUGAACAAAUAUAUAUUUCUCACUUUUCAAAUAAAACUCUUUCAUCUGCAGAGUUUAAGGAAAUUUUAGGAUUAGAACCAAAACGCCCAAAUGAAAAUUGUGUUAAAGUCGGUCAAAGUUUAGCAAUGACAAACUGCUCGAAUAAUGAGGUUCAAUUAAGAGGUCUGUGUCAGUACAAAGAGUGUAUUACAACUGAACACAAACCCUGCUCCUUCCCUUUUAAAUACAAAGGAAGAAUGUAUGAUUCCUGUAUAACCAUUGACAGCACUGAACCAUGGUGCAGUCUCAAAACAGAUAUUCAUAGAAAUCAUAUUGAAGAUACUAACAACAGAGGAACCUGUUCCAGUAGCUGCAAUGUUCAAAACUGCCCAGUUGGGUAUUUUAAACAUCAUAAAACUUGUCUCCGGAUAUCUGCAAGGACAGAUCAUGAUUCAUGGAAUUCAACAGAACAAGCAGAUGACCAGUGUAUGAAGGAAGGUGGUAGACUCUUCCAGCCAAGAGAUAUUAAAUCUUUUAGAAGCUUAUUAAUUAGUGAGUUUGAACAUUUGCAACCAAACCAAUCUCAUUUUGCAUAUAGAGGGAAAGAAUCUUUUAUUGCCCUUGGAGCAAGAGCAAAUUUUUCUCUGAUCUCAUAUCUAGAUGGAAGUAGAUCAUACAUGUUAGAAUCAAUAAUGAAUGAUCAAGGAAACUUGCUAAAAGAUAAUGAUGAAGAAAAAUGCAUUAUGCUUGACAAAACUGGAAAAUUAGCUUUGACAACAUGUGAUGAUUAUUUUGAUGGUCAAUAUGGUAGCCAGGUUCAACUAGGUUACAUAUGUGAAGCAAAACAUAUUGUUACAAAAGGGGGUAAAACAUGUGUGUUUCCAUUUAGAAAAUCUUCAAAUAGUCAGCUUCACACUUCUUGUAUAUAUGACAAUGUGAAAGAAUCUUCAUGUGCUACAGCAGUAGAUAACUAUGGGGUUGUUCAGAACAAUGAAUUGGGGCUUUGCAUGGAUGAAAGACAGGUUGCAUAUGAUGGUCCGGGGUCAGGAGAAGAAUGCAUUAUUCCAUUUAUCUAUGAUGGGAUCUGGAGAGACUCCUGCGCUCUGAAACCGAAAGAUAAUUUUUGGUGUCCUACAAAGUUAAAGAAUGUAGAUGAAAAUACAGAUUUAAUUGAAUCAAAUAAUGAAUGGGGAUAUUGUACUGACUUUCUAACACCUAGUUUAGAUUGCCCAGAAACCUAUGAAGAUGUCAAUAACACUUGUGUAAGAGUUUCUGUUACUACUGCAGACCAUACAGCUGCUGAGGAAAAAUGUAUUGAGGACGGAGGGGCCCUAAUCUCAAUCCCAAGUGAGAAAUUUCAUCUGGCAGUAGUUGAUCACAUUGGUACUGUUAGUUCCAAACAACACUAUAGUUCCACAGUGUUAACUAAUUUCUGGAUCGGAGGAUCAACAACAAAUAAUUCUUGGACUUGGGACUUACAAAACAUUGAUGAAAAUUGGAUUGAGAAUGUUGUAAACAGUGGAUGUCCUGAUUUUAAAUGUACAGAAAGAUAUGGCUUAACAAUGAAUAUUUCUCAUGAUUAUUUAUGGAAAGCAGAACUGAAAACUAUUGAAUUACCAUAUAUUUGUGCGUUAAAAUGUAGGGCAGGAUAUAGGUGGGGCUUCAGAACUAAUAAGUGCAUCAGAGUAGAGGGCAAGGCCCCUGGUAUGUCCAAUACUAAAUCAAUGUUGUCAUGUUCACAGGAAAAGUCAAGAUUAGUUAGUGUAUCUAGCUGUCAAGAUUUCUCGAAUCUUCUUAAAGAUUUGAGGGAAUUAGCUCCAGAUUCGGAGGAGAAUUAUUGGAUUGGAUAUUUUGUAGGCAACUUCCAGCAUUAUGAUAUUCGUAAAAUUGGUUUAACUCCCAACUUAAUUACAGCCAUAAACUCUAAAGGAAUGUUGGCUCCAACUGAUUGUGACUGGGAUAGCUUUGACAUAAAUUCUGUUGGAUUUAUCAAUAUCAACAGUGAGAAGAUGAAUCUUAGCUCUCUUUCAGAUGUAAAUAUUUUAAAGGGAUUUAUUUGUGAAGAAGAAAAUGAAUGGAUUUGUCCUGAUGGAUAUAUUUUGUUUCAAGAGGAGUGCUACAUGUUAAUCAAUGAUUCUCUAAUCUUCACAGAAGCUUUAGUUAGCUGUUUAUCUGAUGGUGGACAUUUAGCUGAACCUAAACAUGAGCUACAUGUGAACUUUCUACAAGCUUACUAUGAAGACAAUCAAAUCAAUCAACAGAACUUUUGGACUGGAUACAGACAAAAUAUAUUCAAUAUUACAGACUCUGAAAAUACUGUGUUUACCUCCUCUGAUUUUAGGAAGAAUGAUUUUCCUACUGAUUUUUUUGAAUCAGGUUUUGGGAGCUGCUUAGGAUUAAAAGGGAGAAAAUUCUCCACAAUAGAUUGCAUGGAACCUCUUCCCUAUAUUUGCCAAACUAGACCCAUCCCACAUCCUUAUAAGAUAAAACAUAUUCAUCAACCAACAUUAGUACUUCCAUUGGACAAUACAACUCAACAAGGGAAUCAUUCCUUUGUGGCAUUUCAUGAACAGAUUGUUCCCUUUACUGGUCUGAGGAACUCGGCUUAUUAUCUGGGUGACAUAGAUUCAUUUACUGAUAUCAUCUUAGAUGAACCAGUAGCUCUGAAAACUGGAGUAACAAUAUCAAUGUGGAUUAGAUUCACAGCAUUUUCUGAUGAAAAAAGUGUAUUAGUAGACUUUAAGAAGUCUAAUGAUGUUCCCAGUUUAACCUUAUUUGUUGAGGAAAAUUCUUUAAAAGUUGAAGUUUGUAUACCAGAGGAAUGUCUUUUGUUUGAAUCCAAUUCAACAUUACAAAGAAAAUCCUGGACAUUUGUUGCAUUUUCUAUGGAUAAUCCAAAUACUGUGAAUUUGUAUAUAAAUGAAACUAUUGAAGUUCUUGACAAUACCAAUGAUAAGGAAAAGGAUAGUAUAAGAUCUUGGUCUAUAGCUGCUAUGCUAAAAGAUUCAAUAAGAAUUGGUUCUAGGCUCCAAGACAAUGAUGGAAAGAACAACUUCCAUGGAAAAAUGUCUUGUUUCCAGCUUUUUCCAAGAUAUCUAUCUGCAUCCCAGAUUACCCAUGUGAUGCAAAAUUGUUAUCUUGAAGAAGAUCAUCCUCUAUUAGAGCUUUGCCCAACAGGGUACUUUGCAAUUAAAAACUUAUGCUAUAAACUAUCAACUACUCGAAUGAACUACUCAAUGUCUGAAUUGACCUGCAUGUUGGAAAACCCAUUUUUACCUCACAAGCUUGCUUAUGCACACAACUAUCUUAUACAAGAGAUGCUGAUGGUUUAUGCUCAACAGUUAAAUUCUUCUGAAAUAUGGGUUGGUUUAGAUUCAAUGUCAGUUCAUCCAGCUGGAGAAACUUGGAUUGAUAGUAGUGGUGCAAGGGUUGAGGAGAUAAAUUGGGAAGACGGAUUUCCUUCAACAAAUGACAUUCACUUUUGUGCUUUUAUGAACUACUCAAGCAUGAAAGUCAUGAAUGAUGAUUGUAGUAAAACUAGACACUUCUUCUGUUCUAUUUCACAAUAUGCUGUUCAAGUUUGCCCAGACAACUACUUUAGCUACAAAAACAUGUGUUUGAAAGAAACAGUGGCUGUUGGUACUUAUGCACAAAGCAAAGUCAGUUGUUCAAAUGCAGGAAGUAUUGUUCUACCAAUUAAAUCUGAGGGAUUGUACAAAUUCAUCAAAUUGCAUGCACAAUUUAGAGACGCUAGUCAGAUAUUCCUAGGAAUGAGCUCUGAGAACCAGAAAAUGAAAUACACAGAUUAUUCUGAGUUUGGAGCAGAUUCUUUUAACUUUGACAUGACUCCCAUUAUAAAUGACAGUCAAUGUGUCAUUCUUGAUAAUACAAAAGGGUUUAAACCCACAGAAGUAGAUUGCAAUGACAGUUUUGAGUAUUAUUGCUUAUGGAAAAGACCAUCAUGUCCUGAAGGUUUCCUUGCAAAUUUGCCUGGAUCAAAUGGAACCACAUGCCACUCUGUCUCUCAGGGUACAUCAAAAUAUGGUUCUAAGGAACAAUGCACAGAUUGGUCUUACAUAUCAUCUCCAGCAUCAAUUAUAGAUUUGCAACUGGAAUUUUUGGAAAUGAUUAUGGACACAACAAAAUAUGUUUGGUUAAAUGGUUCUGUCCCAGCGGAAUGUUCAGACAAUGGUUGUAAAGGACUUUCAAAAACUGGCCUUAUUACAGCAAUCAAUAAUCAAAAGGAACUCUUUGCUCUCUGUGAACAUGAAAUAUGUAUAGCUCAAGAUGGAUUUCAAUGCAUAUUUCCAUUUGUUUACAAGGAGGUUGAAUACAAUUACUGCACUACCCAGGAUAUUUAUCUUCCAUGGUGCCCAACAGUAAUUGAUGAUGGUAACAUACUUAACUGGGCCAUAUGUAAUGGAAACUGUCCUAAAGAAGAAAUACCAAUUGUGUGUCUGGAACCUCCACCAACUCCAUCCUUUAAUAAUUCAAUGCUGAAUCAUCUGGAGAGUACUUUAUUCAUGUCGAGUUGGUUUGACUCAGAGAUGUCUGAAAAUGGUUCAAUGUACAAGUUAUCUGCCAUUAGAAAAAGGCGACAUCAACCUGAAUGGAAAUAUGAUCCUGGCAAUUUGACAGAUUUGGUUACUGUUUAUGUAAAGAACAACCUUGCUGAUCUUCAUACAUUAUAUUCAAUAUUUCCUGAAAACCAAACAGUUCAUUACAAUUGCCCCAAAGGUUUUAAGUAUGAUCACUCUGAAAUGGUUUCAAUGAGUUUGACAUGUAAAAAUGGGACUUGGAUUUCAGAAACUUUUUUUAAUGCAUCCAAGUUUUGUACACCUAUACAUUGCCCUAAAGAUGAAAUUCCAUUCUCGCCAACUACUUCAAAGAUUCUUAUCAAUAAUCUAGAAGAAAUUAAAAAGAGUUCACCUAACACCUGGAACAAUUAUAUGAGGAAAAUCUCAUUUAUUUGUCCUUCAAACUAUUCAGCCUAUUACCAAAAUAAAUAUCUUGAGAAUCCUUCUGGUUUCACAAUCUUCUGUGAUUCUGAUCUGAAGUGGAAAAAUAAUAUCAGCAAUGAACCUGUUGAGCCAUCAGUUUUUGCUUGUAUCCAUAAGAAUUGUAAAUUACCUCCAUCCUAUGAAGAUCCUAUGGGAACAAGGGUUUGGAUAGAGGUUCCUGGAAAAUCUGGUCCAUUUGCUACUCUUGUCCAAUAUUCAUGCAAUAAUAGUAAUUGGAGAUAUCCUUCAACUGUUCGUAAUGAAACUUGGGCCUCGUGCAAUGAUUCUGGGAAUUGGAACAUAACAGAAGUUGAAAAUUGUACAGAAUUAAGAUGUCUUCAAUAUCCUCCUCCUCCUCAUGAUGGUGGAGAGCUUCUUAUUGGGAUAAAUGAAACCAGAUAUACAUGCCCAGCAGGAGGCAUGUUUACAACUGGAGAAUAUCCAUAUUGGUACAACAAAUGCCAGCCUAAUGGACAAUGGAGUAAUACAGAUAAACCUCCUGGAUGUAAAGCAAUGUCUUGUCAAAUGACUCCACCUAGUCCUCUGCCUGGAAUGGAGAUAAUUUGGCCUGGAAGAAGGAAAGAGGUGGGGGAUACAGUCACUUACAAAUGUACUAAAGGUGGAUACAUUGAAGGCUUGCCAGAUCCUUUGGGUUGGGACUCUACUGUAUAUACAGAUCAAACGUUGGAAUGCUUGGCUUUCAACAAUUCCGUAGUUUGGUUUCCUCAGCAAUUGUCUAGCUGUAUUGGUAAGUGCUGCUUAACAAUAACUUUUGAAAGGUCUAAGAUUUUUAAUAUUCACUCACAAGUUAGAACAGACAUCAGGUAAGAUUCAUACUCAUUUGGAUCAUGACAAAAAAUAAUAAUCAAAUAAAUUUUUAAAAUUUUGUAUGAUAAGUUUUAUGAUGUUGCAAAACAAAAGAUUACUUUUAAAAGUAUAGCAAAAGAACUGUUAUUAUUUUCUUUCUUAUAUGAAUCAUAUUUGAAAGAAAAUAUUAAUAGAAAGAAAAUAGUUUAACUAAUUAUUGAACUUAAAAAAAAGAAAAGUGGACCAGGUUUAGUAUGUAUAUCCAAAAUCUAAAAAUCAAACGGCUCAGUAACAUUUUGUAUAAGAUUAUAGUAAUUCACCAUGGUAAGUCUAUAAUACCUAAGUUCCACAAUUCUGCUGAACAAUCUAAGCUUUGAUUUAUACUGCAGUGAUGUGCAGUACACUAACACAAAUAGAUUGGUUUGGUAGAGAGUAAUUACUUUGUAUAUCUGCAUCAUCAUGAUUAUCUUCUAUUUUUACUUAUGCACUAAUUUCUCACUAAUUUUUGUGUCUUAUUAUGGAUCAUAUCUAUAAAAGUGUUGUACAAUGGAAUCAUUGCCGAAGUAAGUACAUACAGUUUCAGGUUUACAACAGUGCAAAUUUAAUCAAUUAGUAGGUUUGAGAUACAUUAUAUAAAUUUCUGCUCAUUCUCUGAUUCUGAGAGAAUUUUCAUUUUCUUUCUUUUAUGAAUCAUAACCGAAAGAAAAUAAUAAUACAAAGAAAAUAUGCCUGAUGCGAAAUGUAAAUCAGAUUAUUCUUAAUAAAUGGAUGUAUUAAACACAAUACAUAUGAUAAAUAACUAUAAUAUAACCAUGGUAAGUAUAUAUUUGGAUAAAGGAACAUUAUGUUCUCAAAUGUUCUUUGGUAUAAUAUAUCUACAGGGUGUCUAAAAAAACAGGGAAUCGUUUGUAAUCGAAUUUCCAGGUUGAGAAAAUUUUUUAAAACUACAUAUAAUUUCCUAUUGAACAAGCCCAAUCUUAGACUUGUAGAUCUAAAAAUGACAAUUUUAUAGGCUCCAUGAUUAUAACAUUUGCUCAUUUGAAUCAAACCCUAACAUUUGUAUCAAUACUUCUUAACAUUAGUAUCAAGAUUAGAUCAACAAUCCAUCCUCAAUAUUCUUAUCCAAGAUUAUAACUUUUGCUCAUUUGAAUCAAACCCUAACAUGGGUAUCCAUCCUUAACAUUUGUAUCCAGAUUGAAUCAGCAAUCAAAUCCAACCUGUAUCCAAAUCAUGAAUCCAUCCUCAACAUUUGUAUCAAGAUUUUAAGUUUGGAAAGAAAAUAAGAUAUCUAUAAAACUGGGUAAUUAAUGUCUUAGUAAACAUUUAUUCUCCAAUUUUUUUUGGUAUAAUGAGUUUUAUUCAAACUGUAUGUAACUUUACUUGAUUCUAUUGCAAAAAUUAAUCGAAGCUAUUUAGGAAGCUUUAGUUCAGGAUUUAAAAAAAAAUCUCCUUAAAACGAAGAACCUAAGAGACAAGUACAGAUAAGAUUUGAUAAAAAAAUCAUCUAGUUCUGGAGUUUCCUGAGCUAAGACAACCUAUGUCAGAGUUCCAGGAAUAACAGGCGUUGGGCAGUAAAAGAUGGAUGAUAGCGGUUCUGCUAGUAGAGAGCAGUAAGCACCAUCUAAUCCUACAAAUGAACAAUUGGUUAAAACAAGAAGAAUCCUACCAUUUAUAUUUUAAUUGUAUGUUGUAAUGUCAGUUUUCUAUUUAAGCUGUAUAUGCACAACAUUUAGUGACCUAUUUUUUGUAAAAUUAUACCUUUUAAUACAUUUUUAAACAUCUUA